AUCUAACUAAAACUCUGACUUCCUAUAUUUACAAUGAGAUUCAAACUGCAACUGCCCAAAAAAUGGAAUCAGUUCUUCUUUUACCUCGUCCUUUCUGUCGUCCUUCUGCUGCUGCUGCUUAUGGCAACAACCAGGACCCAUCAGACUUCUCACUUCUUUGGUAAAAAGAAACAAAUCCACAAUGAUGGAGAGGUGUCUGUGCAAGAUCAUUUAUCUCCGAUGACGCCAACAGGAAAGACAGGAGAAUCAGCAUCUUUGGUGAAGGUCAAGGGAGCAAAAACUCUGCUGGUCUCUGCCUAUUUGGAGCAUCGCACAGCGGUAAAAGAAGUUCGUGUCAUUGUAAUCACGCCUCGGAGCGAGCAGGCGGUCUUUAACUGCCACCUAGACUGCCAAAGACAGCUCUACGUAUCCAAAGGUGUCAUCAAGCUCAACAAGGACUUCUUUGGCUAUCUAUACGGGACGGCAGACAUCAUGUGUCCGCUUCCUCCAGGCUGUGAAACACCAGUUCACGUGGCCAUUACCCUAAAUGGCUCUAAAAGUGAAGAUCAUGAAUUCCUGCAGGUUAAGAACCAAAAGGAAGAGACCAAGUUAUUUCCUUACAACUUCACCGUGUGUUUCUCUGUCAUGUUUGAUUUCACAAACGUUCUGCAGCUGGUGCAGAGUUUGGAGAUGCUUCAGUUACUGGGAGUGAAUAAAGCUGUCAUCUACAAGACCAGCUGCAGCCAGGAGACUCAGCGUGUGCUGGACUACUACGCUAGCAAAGUUCAGCGAUGA